AUGUCAGAGGUAGCAAACGAGCUGGGAUUCGACCCUACACUAAAAAAGAAGAAGAAGUCCAAGAAGGUUGUAGACGUACCAGAUGCCAAUGGAGCUAGCACGGUAGCAGCAGUCACCGGAGAGGAAGACCUUUUCUCGGGACUGAAAAAGAAGAAAAAGAAGUCCAAAGAGUCGAGCAAAGAGUCUGGCGAUAUACAGCAAGCUGUGGACGAGGUGGACGCGGCUCUGGGAGAAUUGAAGCUCAAGAAAAAGAAGAAGAAGAGCAAGGAAAGCAGUGUGGACGAUUUCGAAAAGGAACUGGCAAAGGCCGGUGUGGCCACGCCGACCGACCGCGAGGGCAGCGCCGGCGCGAGCCGUGAGGGCUCGCUGGUACCAGGUGAGGACUCUGCCCUGCAGCAGGACGCAGGCUUGCCAUACCAGGCUCUGCUGUCGAGGUUUUUCGAAACGCUCAGAACCAACAACCCAGAGCUUGCAGGCGACAGAAGCGGCCCCAAGUUCAGAAUCCCUCCUCCCGUGUGUCAGCGUGAUGGUAAAAAGACCAUUUUCUGCAACAUCCAAGAGAUUUCCGAAAAACUGCAGAGAAACCCAGAGCAUCUCAUCCAGUAUCUGUUUGCCGAAUUGGGUACGUCCGGUUCCGUGGACGGUCAGAAAAGACUGGUCAUGAAGGGUAAAUUCAUGCCCAAACAAAUGGAAAAUGUGUUGAGAAGAUACAUUCUGGAAUACGUUACGUGCAAGACCUGUAAGAGCAUUAAUACCGAUUUGCGCAAGGAACAGUCCAACAGACUGUUCUUCUUGGUCUGCAAGAGCUGUGGCUCUACGAGAUCGGUCUCCUCCAUCAAGACUGGUUUCCAAGCCAUUGUCGGCAAAAGAAAGCGGAUGUGA